AUGGGUGCUAUCGACAGACUCUCUCAGAUCUCUGGCCAGCUGUCUGGCGGCGGCAGCGCCCGCGACAAGCUUCUGCAGAAGAACCCCGACGAUAUUGUCGUCACGGCAUGCCUCCGAACGGCUUUCACAAAGGGUGGCAAGGGCGCCUUCAAGGACACCAUGGCCUCCGACCUGAUGGCCGGCGCGCUGAGGGGCAUCAUUGAGCGCUCCAACAUCGACCCGGGCCUCGUGGAGGAUGUCUGCGUCGGCACCGUCCUGGCCCCCGGCGGCGGCGCCACCGAGAUGAGGGCCGCCGCUCUCGUCGCUGGCUUCCCAGACUCCACUGCCGUCCGCACCCUGAACCGCCAGUGCUCGUCCGGCCUGCAGGCCUGCGUCGACGUCGCCCACCAGAUCAAGGCUGGCAUGAUCGACGUCGGGAUCGGUGCCGGUGUCGAGUCCAUGUCCACGCAGUACGGCCCCGGCGCCGUCACCGAGUUCUCCGAGCUCCUCGAGUCUCACCCCGAGGCCGCCAACUGCAAGGUGCCCAUGGGCGUUCUGUCAGAGCAGAUGGCCAAGGACCGCAACAUCUCGCGCGCCUCCCAAGACGCCUUCGCCGCCUCGUCCUACCAGAAGGCCGUCAGGGCGCAGGAGCAGGGCCUCUUCAAGGAGGAGAUCAUGCCCCUCAAGGUCAAGUUCGAGGACCCCAAGUCGGGCGAGACCAAGGAGGUCGUCGUCGACAAGGACGAGGGCAUGCGGCCCGGCAUCACCGCCGAGUCCCUGGGCAAGAUCCGCCCGGCCUUCGCCAAGGACGGCAGCAUCCACGCCGGCAACGCCUCGCAGAUCUCGGACGGCGCCGCCGCCGUGCUGCUCAUGAAGCGCUCGACGGCCGAGCGCCUCGGCCAGACCAUCCUGGGCAAGUUCGUCGCCGCCAGCGUCGCCGGCGUCGCCCCCCUGCUCAUGGGCGUCGGCCCCUGGAAGGCCAUCCCCAAGGUCUUUGCCAAGACGGGCCUGGCCGUGGACGACGUCGACAUCUACGAGAUCAACGAGGCGUUCGCGAGCCAGUGCCUCUGGUGCGCCAACGAGCUCGGCAUCCCGCAGGACAAGAUCAACCCCAAGGGCGGCGCCAUCGCCUUCGGCCACCCGCUCGGCUGCACCGGCGCCCGGCAGGUCUCGACGCUGCUCUACGAGCUGCGGAGGCGGGGCCAGAAGAUUGGCGUGACGAGCAUGUGCAUCGGUACCGGCAUGGGCAUGGCUGCCGUCUGGGUUGCCGAGUAG